AUGGCUUUAAGUCUGUUUCCCAUCAACAUAAGUUUAGGAGUCGUUCAAGAAGUUCAACCACAGAAUUGUGUCUGUUAUGAUCCUGGUCGGCUCGAUACUAAUAAUUCCACUGUUGCUUGUAACACCACUCACUGUAGCCGUGGCAAUAAUCCUAACUGUAAUGUUGCUUAUCCUGAUUAUACUAUAAUACGUCUUCGUGCUUUUGGUUAUUAUGGUGCAAUAGUGACUUCCCUUGGUUGUAACUGUCCCGGUUAUAACUAUAGUAAUUCUAGCGAUGAGAAUGCUAUGGAUGGUGCUAGUAAUGGUGGAUAUUCAUACACUGAUUGCGAUGGCUUUGGUGGUGACGAGCAUGACGAUGAUGUUAUUUAUUGCUGCAAAUAUUGCUGUGGUCUUCUCCCAGUUUAUACUACUACCAGUGUUCCUACUGCUACCAGCUCGACCCAUAAUUUUCCUAUUUGUAUACUAUUUUCCUUGGCUUUCAUACUUAUUAAAAUGAUUGCAAUAGACAGCGCCGACUCCAGCGGUAUUAUUUCAUGCUAA